AUGCUCUCCACAAUUCCCCUUCUCUUCACGCUCACCCUCCUGUCUGCUACGGCGACUGCCGCUCCAACCCCACAAAGCGCUGAACAGGGCGAGCCCAUUAUCAUGGGGAAGAACUGCCCAGAUCGUGAAUCGCUAUGCCACGAGCUCUGCCACACCUACACACAGACCAGUCGUGAUAUAUGCUACGACAGCUGCUACACUGACUAUGCGAUUGACUGUGGUGAUGUGUAUGAAACGGAUGCACAGGCGCCCAAUAGGCCGGAGCCGAGUCCGCCCCAGGAUGGUCCGGCGUCUGAUCCUUAG